UUAAUUUUUGAACGUAAGUUUUUAGAAAAUUGAAUUUGACAUUGACAGCUCGUGAAAAUUCUGUUUAUUUUAUUUAACCAAAACAUUUAACAAUAUUUGUUUAUAUUAUGCUCAUUAACUCUUUAAUGUAAUUGUGAUGUUAUAUAAUAAAUAGUAAGUUAAAAAUGAACUCUGAAAAAAAUCAUGACAUUAAUUCUACGUGUAAUUCAACAUCAACUCCGAAAAGGCGGCGACUGGGGACUAGAAGAAUUUUAAGUGAAGUGAAUAACAAAAAUGAUUUAUUUGCGAACUUUAUACGACCUCAAUCGAAUUAUAAAGGGCUACCUGUUCCUGCAGACUGUUGUGAUUCACCACCAUUGCCUUGCAAUCAAGUAGAAUAUUUAAGUGAUUCAGGAAAUAAUACUAGCGACGAUAUAAAUUGUACAUCCGAUAUCACAGAAUCAUGUUUUGGGCAAGAAAUUGAAACCUUUACACCUCUUUCUCAUAAUGAAAAAAAUCCACAAUGCCUUAACAUACUUAAGGAUGAUGUAUCUGAUGAAAUGUUUUCAUCGAAAUUAGAAGACGAAGUUUGUCAAAACAAUUUAUGUAAUGAAGCAAUAGUAAAAAAACAUUUCAGAGAUGAGAUCACGGAAGGAUUUGAAGCAAUAAAUCAAUCAAUAAGCAUUAUCAAAGAUAUAGACAACUUUUUUGAAGCAAAAGACUCUUUUCUUUUGGAUAUUCCUGAUCACUUUACACAAUCAGAAUCUAAUGGUAAAUCAAAAAAUAGUGAAGUUUUGAAAGAACAUUUUUAUCAAUUACCUAUGAUUGUGAAAGGUCUAUUUAAAACAUAUAGAAGUAUAGAAAAAUUAUAUGAUUGGCAGGAGGAAUGUCUAAACUUAGACGCCAUUCAGAAACGAAACAAUUUGAUUUAUGCAUUGCCAACAAGUGGAGGCAAAACACUUGUGGCGGAAAUUCUAAUGCUACGUGAAGUUAUUAAUAGGAAACACAAUGUGCUCUUUAUUUUGCCAUUUGUUGCUAUUGUACAAGAAAAGAUAUGGUCUUUAUCACCGUUUGCGCUUCAAUUAAAUUUUUUAGUUGAGGAAUAUGCAGCAGGUAAGGGUCACAUACCACCAAAGAAACGCAGAGCAAAGAACAGUAUUUACAUAGCCACAAUUGAGAAAGGUUUAGCUCUAGUAAGAAGUCUUAUAGAGUUGGACAGAUUACAUGAAAUUGGUCUUAUUGUGGUGGAUGAACUCCAUCUGAUAGGCGAGGAAGGUCGCGGCGCCACACUGGAGUCUUUAUUGACAAUUGUUAAGUUUGCGAAUCGUGAUAUCCAAAUAGUAGGCAUGAGUGCGACCAUAGGCAACCUGGAGGAGAUAGCGGAAUUCCUGGAGGCGACGGUGUAUCAGCGGGAGUUCCGGCCAGUGGAGCUGACUGAGUACGUCAAGAUCGGGGACAUGCUGCACAAGAUUGUGUGGGGACCAGCCGGCAUGGAGACUGUGCCCGAGAGGCAGCUUAGUUAUGAUUACACUAGUGCUGCUUCGCGGCUGGACCCGGACCUUCUGGGCGGGCUGGUGGCGGAGGUGGUGCCCGCUGCCGGCUGUCUGCUCUUCUGUCCCACGCAGCACAAUGCUGAGAGCGUCGCCAUGCUGCUCUGUAAGAUGCAGAGGAAGGAGAUGUUGUCUCACCGCGUGGCGGAGCGAGCGGCUCUGGCGCGCGCGCUGGCCGCUGAGGGCGCGGGCUCGCUGGCGGCGGCGGCGCGCUGCGGACUCGCCUACCACCACGCCGGCCUCUCCAGUGAUGAGAGGAGUCUACUCGAAAACGCUUUCAGGAGCGGUGUGAUCUCAGUGCUGUGCUGCACCUCGACACUUGCGGCCGGCGUGAACCUGCCCGCGCGCCGCGUCAUAGUGCGUGCGCCCCGCCUCGGCCGCGCCCCCCUCUCGCUGCCCGCCUACCGCCAGAUGGCGGGCCGCGCCGGCCGGGCGGGGGUCUCCGACGCCGGUGAAAGCAUACUAAUCUGCAGCGAGCAGGAGUGGUCGUGGGUGCGCGGCGUGGUGGGCGGGCGCAUGCCGGGGGCGCGCAGCGUGCUGAGCGGGGCGGUGCCGGCGCUGCUGCUGAGCGGUGCUGCGCUGCGCCUGGCCCCGCGCCGCGCCGCACUCGCUCGCAUGCUGCACCACACCCUGCUCGCCGUCACUCACAGGGACAAUAUAGAUUUGGAGGAGUGCUGCGACGCGGGCAUCAGGUCGCUGGUGCGGGGCGGGGCGCUGGAGGUGCGCGGGGGGCGGGGCGCCGCACACGAUGACACCUGCCACAUCGACGAUGACACCGAGCUGGCGGUCAGCAAGCUCGGCAGGGCCGCCAUUAUUGGGUGCAUGGAGUUGGGCGUGGCGCAGCAGUUCCUGUGCGACCUGGAGGUGGCGGGGCGGGGCGUGGUGCUCGGGGGGGCGCUGCACCUGCUGUACCUGGUGGCGCCGCACGACCCCGCCCUGCGCCCCGACUACAGGCACUACCACAACCUGUACAGCAAGCUGGGGGAGGAGGGGGUGCGCGUGGCGCGGGCGCUGGACAUCACUGACAAGGUCGCCGUCAAAAUGAUGACCGGAAAACCUAUCACUGACGUACCGGAGCAUGUCCUGAACAGGUUCUACGUGGCGAUGAUGCUGUACGACCUGUACCAUCAGAUGCCAUUCCCGGAGGUAGCCGAUAAAUACUGUGUGUCGCGGGGCGCGGUGCAGACUGCGCUGCAGGCGGCGACUGCGCAGAGCUCGUGCUGCGCGCGGCUGUGCGAGGCGCUGUGUGAGGCGGAGGGCGCGGCCGGGGGCGUGGCCAGCGGGGCUGGGGGCGGGGCGAUGUGGGCGUGGCGCGCGCUGCUGGCGGAGCUGGCGCCGCGUCUCCAGCACUGCGCCACGCCGCAGCUGCAGCAGUUCAUGGAGCUGCCUAACGUGCGCAAGGCGCGGGCGAGGCAGCUGUUGCAGGCGGGCUACAAGCGGGUGGAGGACCUGGCUAAGUCCAGCGCGGAGGAGCUGGUGUCCCGCAUCGACCACCUGUCCCGGACCGCCGCCACGCACCUCAUCAGCGCAGCCAGGAUGAUGCUCAUAGAGAAGGUGGAGAAUUUGCGAGCGGAGGCCGAGGAAGUAAUGGACGAGUUGAAGACUAGUUGAGAAUUAAAUAAUUAUUUUUUGUAGUUACU